AUGACGUGGAUGGUUGUGAGUCAAUCUGAUGUUAUUGCAACUCAAAGUUGCUUGCCUGGUAACAGAGAGGUGGACGAAACUGUAGCUUCCUAUUUGGUUCAGCAGAUUCACACCUUGAUUUGGGAAUUAACUGACGUCAACAAUGCAUUCAACAAAGUUAGUUUAGAAAACCAUAGGCUUCGAGAACAGGUUCUUCUUCUAGGUAGGUUGCCUGAUUAA